AUGGAAACCAUUGAAAAAUUUGGUGUAAGAAAAACUGACCUAUUAAAUUUUGUAAGCAAAAUUUUGGAAGAAGAUGAGUUAAAGGAUAUCGAUAUUACUAUAAAAGGGAUAGAUACCCAGAAAGGAUGCACUGGAUUGGCCAUAUUCAUAGACGCAACUGGAAAAACUAUAAACAACAAAUCAAUUAACUACAACUUCGUAGUAAAACAUAGCUCUGUUGACAAAUACCAAAGAUCGGAAAUGCUUGUAGGGACAUUCUACCAAGUAGAAAAAGCGUUUUAUUCGAAAAUUCUACCAUGCUUUCAAACUUACUUAAAUUAUAACAACUUAGAACAGCUCCACCACUUCCCCAAGUAUUUUAAAACCGUCUUUAUGGAGGACAGGGAAAUGUUAGCGUUGGAAAAUUUAUGUGUAAAGGGUUUCAAGCUUCACGACAUAAAAAAACCAAUGAACAUAAAGCAUAUUAAACUUGUCCUGGAAAAUUACGCCAAAUUGCAUAGUUUAUCCUUUGCAAUCAGACAACACAGUCUUGAAGUGUGGGAAGACGCAAUUAAAGGAUUUUAUGGCUUGAAGAUUUGUAUAACGCAGGGACCAGGUGCAAAAAUAUUUCUUAAUUUCCAUGAAAGUUUAUGUGAUAUUUUAAAAUCCAGUAAUGAGGAGGAGCUUCUGAAUAAAGUGAAAAGUUAUGAUUUUGUGGAUAUGUUUAGAAGCCAGGUGUUUAAUGAUGAGUGGUCUGUGGUUGUACAUGGAGACUGUUGGAACAAUAACUACUUGUUCAAAUAUAAGGAUAACGAUGCUGAAAAUCCAGAAGCAGUUUCUUUUAUAGACUGGCAACUAUCCUCGCUGGGUUACUUAGAAAUCGACCUAAGCAAAUUCCUAUUCACCAGCAUUUCGACCGAACACCUAAACGAGCUAGACAACCUAUUAGAUUACUAUUACACCACAUUCUCAAACCACCUUAAAGAAUACCAAUUAAAUCCUCAUACCGUUUACCCAAAGACAGUUUUCCUCCAAAAGUGGAAGAAAUACUGCAAGUUUGGUAUUACUGAUGUGCCUUAUAUUUAUGAACAAGCCGCUGAAGAUGAAAGUAAGAAAAUCGAUUUUAGGGAAAUGAUAGAAAACGAUGAUUGCCAAUACCACGACAUGUUCAGUUGUAAUGUGAAGAAUAAGAAUGUCAGUGAAAGGGUUGUAAAUUUAAUUAAAUAUUUGGAUGGAAAAGGAUAUUUGUAA